ACACCGCGAUGAUAGAACUUAGAAGAGAUGCCAUUUUGCUAGAACCCUAACAAACAGUCUCGGCACGCGAAGAGAAAAUCUCUCUCCUCUCGUUUUUCAAGAAGGUUUUGAUCCACAAAAUCCUAUACAUGGAGCCAAACCUAUUUGACAAAGGAAUGGGUAUAUUGUAGAUAAUGACAUGAAACCUACUUCAGAUGCAAUUUCUAGGGUUUUGAGAUUGAAGUAAUUAUAUUUGUUUAAGAUAGAGAUCGGAGAUCUUCAAGAGGCACAUAUUGGAGUCAUGUCUGUAUCAGGGAAUGAAAAGCCUGGGAUUAAAUCUGUUUCCCGGCAGUAUAGUGCUUCUAUUGCAGGUAUUCCUAUCAAGAAAAGGAGGUUCCCAUUGGUGCGGUCUCCUUCACCUCCACCUGAAGAACAAAUUUCACAUAGGAACUUAUCUCAGGAUUCAUGUCACUCAAAUGCCAGUGUUGUAACAACUUCUUCUGGCGUAUCUGAUGGAAGCAAGAAUUAUUUCUCAGAGGAAAGAAGAGAAAGAUCUGCUGAUAAAAAUAUUAGUUUAAUCGAAAGUGAUGCUAAUAUUUCUGGAGUCAAUCCUCUGGAACCAAGCCUUAGAAUUUAUUCUGGUUCUUCUGAAAGUAUAGCAAGCGAAGAAAAGCCCAUGCCAGCGGAAAAAACUUCAGGCCAGAUCAUUUCUGGAAAUACAGAGCCGCAAUUAGCUUGCAAGGAAGCUCUUUCUCUUCAUGUAGGAAAGGACAUAUUUAGCAAACUAAAAAUAGAAAGGGAUUAUGAACCUCAAGUAUCUACAAUUAUAGGCAGCACUGAAUUGUCAUUAGGACCAAAGGAACCCUUUGCUCCCCCCUUGGUUGGUCAAAAUAGUGAAGGGAGCGGUCAGUUUCUAGAGAAACUAGGUUCUGCUUCUUUGAAUUUAUCUUUGAGCAAAGGAAAAAGCAGUAUCAAUUAUGGAAGUGGCAAGGAUAAGUUGAAUGUAGAUGGAGCUCAUCUUCAGGCUAACAGGUCAAACUGGGAUUUGAAUACCACAAUGGAUGCAUGGGACCGUUCUGAGAGUGAUGGAGCUGCAUGCCAGGGAACUGAUGGGAUCAAUUGUUUGAAUGUUACCAGUGAUACACAAGAUAUAAAGCCUUUGAUACGUUCAGAUGGAAUGGUUGUAGCUGGUGUUGCUUCUGGAAACCAGUUUCUUAAAGGGAGCAAACACAAUCCUAAUUUCACCAUAUCCUCCAAAUCUCCUGGUCAGCAUUACAAUUUUGGGGAUUCUCUUGUUCUGCAACUAAGCCCUUGUCUCCAGCCAAUUAUAGGUGGGGAACAUUCUGGAUCAUCCUCUAAAGUAGAUUCAGUCAGGGUUAUUCCUACUUCAAACUUAUCCACUGUUCUAGUGUCAACUGGAAAGCCAAAUAUGGCAGGGAAUGUAAAAUCUGAACCAAUUGAUGAUAGUCCCAAGCUGGAUUUUAAGGGAUCGAAAGACAACCUUGAGAGAUCACUAGAUUUUAGAAUUAUAAAACGUGAGAUUGAGAGGUUGGAAACCCUGAAAAAUUUAAAUUUCGGCAGGCCAAAAUUGGAUCCUAGAAUCAUCAAAUCUGAACCAGUACAUGAGGGAAAUCAUGGAAUUCAUAAGACAGCUGAGGGGGCAUCACAGUUAUCAGGUGGACAGGUGUUUCAAUGCUUGGAUAAUCAAUCUCGUGAAGUGGUAUUGCCUAAAUCUUCGCAUUUGUGCCCUUCAGAGCUUCCUACUUGUUCAACAGAGUUACCAAUAAAUGGGAAUGUGUCAAGCCAUUCAGGAAAUUCCACUUGUGCAAAAGGAAUCCAUGUUAGUACAGAGGUGCCUCAGAAUGCAAGCAAUAGUAUUAAGCAGGUUGCUUCAGAAACCGUUUCUAUAUCUGAGGUUCAUAAAGGUAAAGAAUUGAAUGUUUCAGAUGUACAUGCGCCAGGAGUGGAAGAAAAUUUGAAUGUUGGUGAUCCUGAGCAGUGCAGAUUGAAAUUGAUGGAGGAAGCGCCUUUGGGUUCAUGUGGAGAUGGGGGGGGCUCUGCAAGAGAUGGUGAGGGGUCUGUGAGAAGAGACGGUGAGGGGUCUGUUAGAAGAGACGGUGAGGGGUCUGUAAGUGAUGAGGAAAAGAUUAACAUAUCAACUGACAUGCUCGAAGAUUCUUAUGAAUCUGAUUAUGACUCAGAUGGAAAUCAUGAUUUAGCUACAGUUAUGGAAGCGGAACGAUUUGGUGGAGAAGAUGAUGAUGACUAUGAAGAUGGAGAGGUCCGAGAACCACUUGUGCAUACUGAUGUAGGCCCUAUGUCUGAGAAAAGAGAAGCAGAAGAUGUUAAUUGUGGUGAUUCUGAUAAUAAAAAAGUGGGUUUUUUGGGUUCUUCUGGUGAUGAUUGUCCUGCAUCACUUCAAGCUGAGGAAAGAGACACCAAAACAGAAGAUCCUGGUGAAACAAAUAAUGAUGUUAGCGAAGAAUGUCUUGAUGCGGUUCCUGAUGAGAAAACCGAUAUGGUUGCUGAGAAAGACGCCUGUUUCGACAAGUCAUCAACAGUUGAGAUCCCGAUAACUGAACUGGACAAAAAGGGGCCCAUGAAGCCCAUUCGAAGAAAACCCCUUGAUCGAUCUGGGAAAAAGGAAGUUUCAGAGGACCAUGAAUCUGAACUAUCAUCUGAUAAAGCAGUCAGUGGAAGUCAAGGAACUGCAGUGGCAGUUGGUCAGGGUACAGAUCGGAGCAUGAAAGGAACUGACUCAAUGGAGAAAAAUGAGUCAGCCUUACCUAAGACUGAAGUAUCUCUAAAUAGUAAUGAUGCAAAUAAGGAUGCCAACAGUGGAGGUACUCGGAGCAGGAUUAUAAAUCUACCUCGUGCUUCAUAUGUUUCAUCUUUAUAUAAAACAAGAUCUGUUUCAGGCAGGUCAUUACCAUCUCGAACCGUAAGAGAGAGGUUCACUGAUUUAGUGCCUGAGGGAGAUAAAUUACAUUCUCAAGGGAGGGAUGAAAUUUUCAUUGAUGGCCCCCACAAAUUUUUGAGAGAGCGGAAUCAAGAUCAGGCACUGAGAAAUUCUAGAUUAAGUUUUACCCGAGGCAGAGGAAGAGGUUCCAGCCGAUUGGAUGCUCUACAUGGUGACUGGGAUUCUGAUCAUGACUUUGCACCUGAACUUUAUAAUGGUCCAACAGAUUUUCGUUUCCGUAGACAUAAAACUGAUGUUGUUGAUGCAGAUCUUGAAUGCAGCAGCUAUAUUAUUGCACCAGAUGGUGCUGUUGGCACGGGUAGAGGAGGGAGAAAACCCUUAAAUGAUGAGGUGGCAGUUUUCCGGCAUCCACCUUCAAGGAGGCGAUCUCCUGGUGGUAGAGAAGGGCCGGCUACACGAGGCCCUCAAAUGGUUCGCAGAAUUCCAAGAAAUAUUAGCCCAAAUAGAUGCAUCGGUGAAGAUGCUUCUGAUUUGGUUGGACUGAGGCAUAGUGAAAAGUUCAUAAGGGGUUUGAGAGAUGAUAUUGUAGAGCCAGUAUUUACUCGCCAACAACCUCCAUUUGAGGGAGUGGAAGGUCAUUUUGUCCAAGGGAACAGGAAUUUUUCUUCUAUCCAGAGGAGGGGUCCUCCUAGAAUUCAUUCAAAGUCUCCAAUGCGAUCUGGAUCUCCUGGCCCAUGGUCAUCACCCAGAAGAAGAUCACCUGAUGGGUUUAAUGGACAUCCAGAAUUGACUCAUAGAAGAUCUCCAGCAGUUUAUAGGAUGGAUAGGAUGAGGUCUCCAGAUCGUCCUUGUUUCCCUGAAGAGAUAGUGGCUAGGAGGCAUGGUUCCCCUCCUUUUUUGCCCCGGCCAUCAAAUGAUUUGAGGGAUAUGGAUUCUGCACGAGACCAUGGCCCUCCAAGAUCUGUCAUUCCCAAUAGGAGGAGCCCAUCUGGCCGGAUAUUACUAAGAAACAGUCGGAGAUUCGACAUUAUAGAACCUCGAGAAAGGACAGACAGUGAUGAGUUCUUUGGACCCCCCAUGCAUUCAGGUCGAUUUCAUGAGCUUGGUGGUGAUGGAAGUGGUGAGGAGAGAAGAAGGAUUGGUGAAAGACGGGGGCCUGUUCGUUCUUUCAGACCUCCUUACAACGGUGCUGGUGCUGAGGGUUUUCGUUUCAAUAUAGAGGAUGGUCCUAGGCCUUAUAGGUUUUGUCCUGAAGCUGACUCAGAGUUCCUUGAAAGAGGGAAUUUGAGGGAGAGGGAGUUUGACAGGCGAGUAAAGAAUCGACCUGGAAAUGCACCUAGAAGAAGCAUUGAAGAUCAGGAAGGAAAUUACAGGCAUGGUGAGCAGGUUUGGCAUGAUCAAGGAUUUGAUGACAUCUCCCGAUUGAAAAGGAGGAGAUUUUGAUUAGGUUGUUUCCUGCUGCUAUGAGCCAAGAGUGUAGUAUGUGUUGUAUUUAAUGGAGGUUGGUGCAGCAAUUUGGUUAUUCAUGGACUGAUUGUGGAACUUGAUUUGAUUAACAUUGCUGUUUCAUUCUCAAUUUUCAAUCAAGUUAAGUAAAUAUCAGAUGCUAGCGCUUGGAAGGCUUGACGAUCUGUAGUCCACAGCAAAUAGUUGGUUGAUAUUGUGAUGCACAUGCUUGCAUGUUUCUUCAGAUAUAACGGUGGCUAGGUCUUGGACUUAUUCAGAGUUUUUCUUUUCCCUAAUCAUGGGUAUAACUGCAGUGUCUCAUUUUCAUCUUUGCAAGUUCUGUAUUGUUAUAGGUUAUGGUGACACUCUAUAUACCAAGGGUCAUUUUGGGGAAGUUUCUUGUAAGUUGAUGGAGAUCCUCUAUUAAGUUUCUUCACAUAUCUUCAUCUUUAUAUAUGUUGAUUUUGGUGCUUGGGCCUGGGCAGAAAGGCAUUUAGCAAGGAGCCAUCCAAACUUUGAAUUUGGAACUUUUCAGCCAUCAAAGGGAUCAUGACUAAUGUGAGUUGGUGUUGAACUUUCUUAUACUUUCUCAUUGCUUAAAUUCAUCAUGCAGUGUGGCAUUGCUAGAACCCUUCAACCCUUUUGCAGUGAUGUCUACUUAUACAUGUGACCUGAGAUAAGAAGUUGGAUUUCACAGGUUCAGACAAGCAAUGAAGUGUUUGUAGAGUUCUCUUUAUAUGCUUUGCUUAAUUUAACAAAUUGGAAUUCGCUCGUAUGCAUCCAACUUGUAUUCAUCAGUCUUGGAAAGUAGUACCAAUAAUGUGUUUUGGGCAGGGAGAUAUUCUGAGAUUCUGAUCACCUGCAGGACCCCAAGUGGUUCCAGAGUUCAUUGAGUAGUAAGUGCUUCUGAGCUCAAGUUGCUUAAAAAAUUUAGGGCAUAUGCCCGAGGUUUUAGUGGUAUCUCAAGGUCUCAAUGCAUUUCAUCAAUUGAUGGUGUAAUUGAGGUUUUUAGUUCUUCAGUUGGUGGUUUGGCAUGUGGUAUGAGCUUUAAAAGGAAGCAGCCUGUGAGAACUAUGUCUUGGAAUGGACUCUUCUAAUUCUCCUAUGGGUUCUUAAAAGGUCAGCUGCCAUUUAAUGGUAAAUUAUAGUCUCUAAGGAGAUUAUCGGUUGUCUAUCAUAAUUGAAAAGGUGAGCCACUAGUUGCUCUAUUGGUUGGGUACUUUUGCCAUUACUUGUUGAUUUAUUUUGUACAGUCAUAUGGAAGCCACCAACUCCUCUACUAGGGUGAUUAGGAUAGGUUUCGUGUUCCUCAUUGAAGGAAGAAGAUGUGUUACUUAUUGAGUUCUAUUUGAUCGAAUGCCCAUUUAUGUUGGAGUGGCUUGUAUGCCAAAGACCUCAAGGUUUUUUAGAUGCUGGGGGAAUCUGAGAAGUAACCUCCAGGUAUAGGGUAUUCUUUUGUUGGUAAGGAUGUUGCAAAACCUGGGAAAUGGUAUUGGCCCAAUGGAUUUGCAGUACACUAGAACUUGGAUCAGUGUCUCAUCCUAGUCCCUUGUGCUUCGGAAAUCAGGUUUAGUAUCUUCUCUUCUCCGGUUGUCUGUUCUGUUGUUAAUUUAUAAUGAUAAUAAUCAUAAUGAAGAUGAUGAUAAUAAAUAAUUUAAAAUGAUAAUGAUAAGUAUAGUAAUCUUCAUUAUCUUCUCAAAUUUGUGGAAGCAGGGAAGAGUAACAGUAGAGGAGAGCUUGCACACAAACAAGCGAUAUUUGUGCUGGCUUCAGGUUUCUUCCUUGUUUCAGAUUAUUCAACUUAGGUUCAAGUUUAUCUCUCUUUUCAUUUGAUGAAAAGCAGGUAAAAUAUUCCAUGAAAUUGGUGUCAAAAUUUAGAACAAAGAUUGAAGUUGUGGACUCUGCUUGUCAAUAUGGUGAAUGACUGUAGCCACUUGCUAUCACGAUAUGUACCGAAUGAAAUACCUCAGUGUGGAAUUAGCUGGAAAUGCCGACAUUUCUGAGUAUUUGCCAUCACUUUCAAAUAACAAAAUUGUCU